GUGAAGGGGAAGGACGGUGUUGGAGCCACGAUGGACUCUAUGGAGCUGGAGAGACAGAGAGGCAUCACCAUCCAGUCCGCUGCCACAUACACUGUGUGGAAGAACCACAACAUCAACAUUAUUGACACACCAGGUCACGUGGACUUUACCAUCGAAGUGGAACGAGCGCUGCGCGUGCUGGACGGUGCCGUGCUGGUUCUGUGUGCGGUGGGAGGAGUCCAGUGUCAGACCAUGACUGUGAACAGGCAGAUGAAACGCUACAACGUCCCCUUCCUCACCUUCAUCAACAAGCUGGACCGCAUGGGCGCCAACCCCAGCCGAGCCCUGCAGCAGAUGAGAACCAAACUGAACCACAACGCAGCCUUUGUGAGCAUCCCCAUCGGCCUGGAGGGGAACAUGCGCGGCAUCAUAGACCUUGUGGAGGAGCGGAGCAUGUAUUUCGAAGGACCUUUUGGUCAAACUAUCCGCUAUGAUGAGAUCCCGGCAGAUUUCCGUGCUGAGGCUGAAGACCGGAGGCAGGAACUGGUGGAGUGUGUAGCCAACGCUGAUGAAAUGCUGGGAGAAAUGUUCUUGGAGGAAAAGAUUCCAACCAAUGAAGAUCUGAAGGCUGCAAUCCGCAGGGCCACAGUGCAGCGUCUCUUCAGUCCAGUGUUGGUGGGCACAGCACUGAAGAAUAAGGGCGUCCAGCCUCUACUGGACGCUGUCCUGGAUUACCUGCCGAACCCCACUGAAGUCAAAAACUAUGCUCUACUCAAUAACGAAGACGGCAAUGAAAUCAAACUUCAAAUGGAUCCUACAAGAGACUCUACACACCCCUAUGUCGGCCUGGCCUUCAAACUGGAGGCAGGGAGGUUUGGCCAGCUUACGUAUGUGCGUGUUUACCAGGGCUGUUUGAAGAAGGGGGAAUACAUCUACAACACACGCACGAGCAAGAAAGUCAGAGUUCAGAGGCUGGUGCGUCUCCACGCUGACCAGCUGGAGGAUGUGGAUGAGGUCUAUGCAGGAGAUAUUUGUGCUCUUUUUGGCAUUGACUGCGCCAGUGGAGACACUUUUACCUCCAAGACCAACGCUAACCUCUCCAUGGAGUCUAUUCACAUCCCAGAGCCUGUCAUUUCCAUGUCAAUGAAGCCAGCCAACAAGAAUGACCUGGACAAGUUCUCCAAAGGCAUUAACCGUUUCACCAGGGAAGAUCCGACGUUUCGGGUGCAUUUUGACACCGAGAGCAAAGAAACAAUUAUCUCCGGCAUGGGCGAGCUACAUCUUGAAAUCUACUCCCAGAGGAUGGAGAGAGAAUACAACUGUCCCUGUGUGAUGGGAAAACCCAAAGUGGCUUUCAGAGAGACGAUCACCAGUCCUGUAUCGUUUGACUUCACUCAUAAGAAGCAGACCGGCGGCUCUGGGCAGUACGGUAAAGUUGUAGGAUUCCUUGAGCCUCUUGACCCAGAGAAUAACACCAAGGUGGAGUUUGAAGACAAGACUGUUGGAACCAACAUCCCAAAGCAGUUUGUACCAGCUGUAGAAAAGGGCUUCAGGGAGGCCUGUGAGAAGGGACCCCUGACCGGACACAAGAUCUCAGGAGUCAGAUUCGUCCUGGAAGACGGAGCGCAUCACAUGGUGGACUCCAAUGAGUUCUCCUUCAUCCGUGCAGGAGAGGGUGCUCUAAAACAAGCUAUGGAAAAGGCCAGCACGGCCAUCCUGGAGCCAAUCAUGUCUGUGGAGAUUGUAGCGCCUCAGGAGUUCCAGGGAGUAGUCAUCGCUGGUGUAAACCGCCGGCAUGGUGUUAUCACAGGACAGGAUGGAGCUGAGGGAUACUUCACUCUGUACGCUGAUAUUUCACUUAAUGACAUGUUCGGCUACUCCACAGAACUACGCUCCAAUACUGAAGGAAAAGGGGAGUACACCAUGGACUACAGCAAAUACCAGCUCUGCCUGCCAUCCACACAAGAGGAACUUAUCAAUAAAUACUUAGAGGCUACAGGACAGCUGCCUGCAAAGAAGAAACAGUGGAAGAGCUGAAAGCUGUCAAAUCUACCCAACUGUACACUAUUGAACUUUGACAUGACCACCAUCCCUCAUCCAUUAUGACUCGACAAUAAGGCUUUGAUUAUUGGAGCCGUAAAAAAACGUUACAUUACUUUUAGUUUUGUAGUUAAAGCAUUUUUCUUCCUGAUGUUCGACCCCUGCAGAAAAACCUAUUUAUUACCUUGAUUUUAGUCCUAUUUGAUGUCUCGGCUCUGCAGCCAGCAUUUUGCAAGAUGGUGGUUUAUAAGGAAAGCUUAGUGUUUCGACUUGAGCUUAUAAUUGUACUAUGUACAGGACUGUCUUGAUGUAAUGUUGAUUGCAACAAUGAUAUACAUAUAUCCGUCUUUAAAACAAAUGUAAUUUCUUUUUCUGUGCAGAUCAUUUAUGAUUCAACAAACA